UCUCACAGAUAUUAUUUCCUUCUAAGAACACCAAAAUCUUCAAUUUCUGAAAUUUCUGGAUUCAAAUGGAAGGUGAUCUCCUUGUUGCGUUGAUUGGUCACCCAGUUUCCGUCGCUGGUUUCAUUGUCCUCUUCAUCUGGCUUUUGUUUCGUCAAAAAUCUUCAUCACAAGAAGAACAAUCCUCGCCCCCAUCUCCACCAACAAAGCUUCCAAUUUUCGGACAUCUUUUGAAGCUUGGCUCCCAUCCUCAUAUCACUCUCCAGAGCUACGCCCGCCGCCAUGGCCCUCUGUUUCUCCUCCACCUCGGCUCCAAGCCCACCAUCGUGGUCUCUUCAUCCGAAAUAGCUCGUGAUGUCAUGAAAACCCACGAUCUUGUCUUUGCCAACCGACCCAAAUCGAGUAUUUCCGAUAAGCUUCUUUACAACGCCAGCGACAUAUCAGCUGCUCCUUAUGGCGAGUAUUGGAGGCAGAUGAGAAGCGUUGGCGUACUUCACCUUUUAAGUAACAAAAGGGUUCAAUCCUUCCGCUCUGUGAGAGAAGAAGAGGUCAAAUUAAUGAUCGAGAAGAUCCAACGGAACCCAAUAUCGGUGAAUUUGACUGAAACCUUCUCUGGACUGACCAACAACGUGGUUUGCAGAGUGGCUUUAGGGGCAAAAUAUGGAGUGGGAGAAGAUUGGAUUAAGUUAAGGUCUCUUCUAUUGGAAUUUCUGGAGUUGUUAGGGAGCUUUGGCGUCAGAGACUUCAUUCCUUGGCUGGGUUGGAUCGAUGGUAUCAGUGGGCUGGACGCCAAAGCAAAGCGGGUAGCCAAAGAGCUGGAUGUUUUCCUAGAUAGAGUGAUUCAAGAUCAUGUCGAUUCGGAAAACAGAGACGAGAAUUCUGAUAAGCACAUGGACCUGGUCGAUGUUCUGCUUUGGAUACAGAGAAACAACUCCAUUGGUUUCCCCCUUGAGAUGGAUAGCAUAAAAGCUUUAAUCUUGGACAUGUUUUCAGCUGGCACAGACACAACUUCCACAGUAUUGGAGUGGGCAAUGUCAGAAUUGUUCAAACACCCAGAAGCCAUGAAGAAAUUGAAGAGUGAGAUCAGAGAAAUAUCAGGCGAUCAGUACGUAAACGAAGAUGAUCUAGACAAAAUGCAUUACUUGAAGGCAGUAAUGAAGGAAACGUUGCGUCUACACCCACCAAUCCCACUUCUUGUCCCGAGAGAAUCGACCCAAUGCAUAAAGCUAAGGGGCUACGAUAUUAAACCCAAGACCCGAGUGAUGAUCAAUGCAUGGGCUAUUGGGAGAGACCCAGAAGUGUGGGAAGAAGCAGAGGAGUUUCGGCCAGAAAGGUUUAUGAACAGUUCGAUAGAUUUCAAGGGUCAGGAUUUUGAGUUAAUCCCAUUUGGCGCAGGGAGGAGAGGAUGUCCUGGAGUUGAGUUUGCAACGGUGAUAAAUGAGAUAGGUUUAGCAAAUCUGGUGCAUAAAUUUGAAUGGAUGUUGCCAAGUGGUGAGGAUUUAGACAUGACGGGGGCGUUUGGGUUAACCAUUCAUAGGAAACAUCCUCUUGUAGCCACGGCAACUCCUUGUUAGAGUGUUGGAGGCUUUAUUGCAUGUGUUUUUGUUGCCUUUUAUCUUUAUUGUAUCCAUUAUGAUUAUGUAGGCAGCCUAUUAAUGAGAACUGGACUCAAGAAUAUAGAACA